UGUCGACACCGGCUGCGACUCGUUUUGAAAAUGAUGGGAAUUUAAAAGAGGGACUGAAGCAAGGGGACUCCGCAUCUUUCUCUCUGCAUCUCCUCCGCCGCUGGGAGGCUUCAGGGGAUCAUGCAACACCUUAAGCCAUGGCGAGCUCUGCUGCUUUUAACCGUGAUGUGCCAACCGGGAAUCUCAGACAAAUACGGUUGCCUGUUUGAGAGAAAACUGUGCACAAGAGAUCAGUUCUGCUCAGAUGAUGGGCUGUUUGGUCAGUGUUGUAUCUCUAAGCAGGACCUGGUCCAGUACCAGGUGUCAGUUCCUGUUCUGAAAAGGAUGCAGGAAGUCCUCAAACAGCUCAUGUUACAAGGUCUUUCCUGGCAAGAUGACAUCACCCAGUAUAUUUUAUCAAAGGAGCUGAAGAGAGUUCCCCAUACCACCCACCCCUCGAAGCCAAAUUCCUCUCCCUCCUCUUCUCAUUCGUCUCAGUCCAAACAGAACGUCCUCCACCAUCACAGUUCUAAGUCGGGGUCCGCACCUCCUGGUGCCAACUACGUGGACUACAUGAUUGUCGAACCUCCUCAGACCCCACUCCGCAUGCACACAGCCUCGAUGGACCCUUACACAUACCACCAGCAUAGAUAUCAAGAUGACAUAGAGAGAUCGCUUAUUGGAGCAGGAGCCGGUUAUGCCCGCCCUUCUUCAAGGUCCCAGGCCAAUCAAAGAGAGCAAGAACGUGACAGGCAGCUGCUACAGGAAGCCUUGUCUCUAUACCUAGCGUCUGCUCAACCUUCGUAUCGCCAACGUGGGGCCGCUUCCAUGACUCGUGCAGGUCAGCCUUAUUAUGAGGACCUGGAACUGGCGAUACCAGUGGACUAUGUGGAAGACUACACCCUAGAGGAGAGACUUGGUACUGCAGGCAGACAACAAACACAGCCGAAUAAAAAAGUUCCUCAGCAGAUCAGCACUCAGUCUGGAAACAAUGAUGGCCUUCUCCAGAGGAUGUCAGGAGUCUUGAAGCGGUACGGAGUUGACCCCAGAGAGCUCAGUCAAGAGCAGCUCUACAAGCUGGCCCUCAUACUGCAGCUGAUGCAAGCCCAAGACCAAACAGAUCCUAUUGCGAAAGACCUCAUCACCCUCAAGGAGAUGCAGCUAUUAAAAACAGAUAGCGUGUCCCAUAAGCCGGAGAAGCACGCCCCUGUUCCUGGUCCCCAUGAUGCCCCUCCUGCCCCCACCUCCGCCUCAGUCCCAUCUCCACCUCAAGCCAAGAGCGCCAGCCUCCUCCCUUCUGCCUCCCAGCCUCCUCAGGUCGCCCCUGCUAAAGGUGGACACGGCUUGAAGGAGCAGGGGCCGCCACUGGUUGAGGGUACAGGAGCCAAGGAGGAGUAUGGGUACAUAGUCACCAGUCAGAGUCCCUUGAGUUUGUAUGAUGGAGUGAAGCUGUUGGAGCUACUGGCUGAUAAGAUACACCUGACAACCAGCAGCUUCAUCAACAUCAGCGUGGUGGGCCCUGCGCUGACGUUCCGUAUCCGCCAGAAUGAUCACAACAUGACGGCUGCAGAGGUGGCGGCUAAAGCUGUCACUGAAAAGAACUUCCUGGAGUCCGAGACAGGCUUGAAGAUUGUGCAGACUGGUGUGGGAGAGAGGACAGAUGCACGGGGUCUCCCCCAGGUAACCAGGGUUUCCCGGGGCUCCAGUGGGACAGUCAUCACCCUUGUUUCCAUGGCAGUCGUAGGAGGUGUGCUGGUAUUGGCCAUGACCGUAGCCUGUCUAAGGCACCACGCUCAGCAAGUGGCCACUGGCAAGCUGGGACUGGGGCCAGAGGGAGGAGCAGAAACACACUUUGAUUACCAGGAGCUAUGUCGGCAGCACAUGGCGUCCAAAACCUCCCUGUGCCGCCAGGACUGUGUGGUCGGGGGGAGCAGCAGCAUGGUGGGGUCUGCCAUAGGCACAGGUGCUGGAGGUCGGAGGGGUACGGACACGUCCCGUGUCAGCAGCGUUUCCUCCCAGUUCAGCGACGGUCCCCAGCACAGCCCGUCCUCCACCCACAGCUCCACCCCAUCCUGGAGCGAAGAGCCAGCCCAGUCCAACAUGGACAUCUCUACUGGUCACAUGAUACUGGCCUAUAUGGAGGAUCACCUGCGUAAUAAGGACCGGCUUCAGAGGGAAUGGGAGGCGUUGUGCUCCUACCAGGCUGAUCCCAGUUCAGUAGCUGUGGCACAACUCCCGAGCAACAUGGACAAAAACAGACAUGCUGAAUCUCUCCCCUAUGAUCACUCUCGGGUGAAGCUGAAGACUGAAGUGAAUUCCAAUAAACAAGACUACAUCAACGCCAGCAUCAUUUGUGAUCAUGACCCUCGCCAGCCAGCUUAUAUCGCCACACAGGGACCGCAGUCUCAUACUGUCGCUGACUUCUGGCAGAUGGUGUGGGAGAACGGCUGCACAGUGAUAGUGAUGAUGACAGCUCUGGUGGAAGAUGGAGAGAAACAGUGCGAGCGAUACUGGCCUGACGAGGGCUCAUCACUCUACCACAUCUAUGAGGUCAACCUGGUGUCGGAGCACAUCUGGUGCAAAGACUUCCUGGUGCGUAGCUUCUACCUGAAGAACGUCCAGACGCAGGAGACCAGAACCUUGACGCAGUUUCACCUGCUGAGCUGGCCGGCUGACGGCAUCCCCACCUCCACGCGACCGCUGCUGGACUUCCGCAGGAAGGUGAAUAAAUGCUACAGAGGUCGUUCGUGCCCAAUCAUCGUUCACUGCGGUGAUGGCACUAGCCGGACUGGCGCGUACAUCCUCAUUGAUAUGGUGCUGAACCGCAUGGCCAAGGGAGUGAAGGAGAUCGACAUUGCAGCCUCACUGGAGCACAUCAGAGACCAGAGACCUGGCUUAGUCCGCACCAAGGACCAGUUUGAGUUUGCGCUGACAGCAGUAGCCGAGGAGGUGAAUGCCAUCUUGAAAGCCUUGCCGCAGUGAGCUGAGGACGCAGUGGGGUCAUCCACAGGCACACAGAAAGAAUUACUCAUGAGGACACACUCGUACAAUCCAGUCUUGGAUGUCUGGCCAUCACUGUAAAAAAAUAUUUGCUCGACCACACUUGGAGUAGUCACUGCUCUUGUUUCCAGCAUGCAGUCUUUUACCAUCUACUCAUUCUCUGGGUUUAUAAAGCUUUUUGGAAUUUAAUUACAUUAUUUUUGGCAGGGUGUAAAUAUGGACAGAAGAUCAAAUCGUUUUAUCAAUAUGGGACAAAUUUGAUCUUUUCUCUCUGAAGUUUCUACCUAAUUAGACAACAAUGAGGCCAUCAGAGGGUGCUAUACUCUGCCCUUUCAGGAUAGAAUGCACUUCUGUUCAUGGUUGUCAUGAUGAAGUGUAACACUGUUUACCCAUCGGCUUUGCUUCAUCUUCCCUUUUACUGGACAUGACGACAUGAUUACCGAAAAUAAAUCACCACCAACACUGAGGGUUUGUUUUGUUCUGUUCUGUUUUGUUGAACAUUACAAUUUUCUUGGUAUAUUGUUAAAAUCGUGUUAAAUCCAUUCACAAACUUGUCAAAUGUGUUAGACCUCCAUCUGGCUAAUACACAAUAAGGUUUCAAAUAAUCUUAACUCUGAGUGUGUUGUAACUGUAUGCUAUCGUCUAGUGUGUGUUGAUUUACAGCAGGUUUUAAUCCGUGAGGCUUGUCUUGGCUGCCAUGACAACAUGAUGGUCCUUUUGUAACGGAUGCUGUGCGUUGACCAGUACACCUUGCCUUCUCUCUCCUUCUGCACACACCUUAGUACCUUUGUUUGGGUUCUUUUAUCGUCUUACUAAGUGUAUGAUCUUGUGAUUAAUGUAAAUAAUUUCUCCUGAUGAUUGUGUUUAUUUCAUGUAGCAGACAGAUAAUAUAAAAAAAUAUCUAUAAAAAUGUAUUUUUGACUUGACCUGAAUAAAUGUGUGACGUGAUGCAAAGAAAAAG